AACAAACUGUAAUAUUGUGUAUUAUUGUGACAAUUAAUUGCCCAGUUAUGUCAUCUAAUUUGCUUGAUUUGAAGCUACAUUUUUACACUUUGAUCUUUUUCUUGUUCAUGAUCAUGGCAAGAUGUCUAUUGGAUAAAAAGAAAUUAUCCAGGAACAGAUGCCGAUUGAAUCACUUUCAAAGCCAUUUUUCGUUAGAUCUUACUAAGAAUUUAUUGGAAGACUUCGUUAAAUUAUUCAAACAUACAUGUAUCGAUACGCUUUGUUUUUGGCUGCAAUCGCUUCGAACCGGGAAACAAACAACUGGAUAUGUUCAAUUAUGAUGGAUGAUGUAAAACAAACAUCAAAUUGUUUUUAUAUAAUCGACUGAAAAGGGUGCAGAGUUAAUUGUACCAUACCAAGCCAGGUGAUUUGACUAAUUAUAGAAACAAAUUGAGAAACAAAAGCAGCUAAUUCUUAUUUUACACUCCUUUCAAUUCGUUCCUCUUCUCACUACUCCAGUUCUCUCCUUAGAUGAAUCAAUAAUCUUAAAAUGUAUCCUGUUUGUAAUUGCAGCUGUGAAAGUAUCAUUACGAUUUCAUACAAUACAAAAGAAUCUUGUCAGUUAUUGAUCUUGAUCUCUUAAUAUUUGGAACCAAAUGCCAUAUAUCCAGCAUGGAUAAAAUUUUGACUCUUUGUGCCAUUCUCGUUUUACUUAAUCCACUUUUUAUCUCUGUUUCGUGUGAAUAUUGUGAAAAUAUCUUGUGCAAAAAUAAUAACGACGAUUAUUGCGUUCGCGCUUGCAGUGAAUAUGGGUGUGAUUAUGAAGGAGCAAAGUGCAUUGAACAUGCCAAAUAUAGUUUUAAAUUUUCCUUUGUUGAUCGAGCUGGUUUUUGUAUGUGUAGGCCAACUAUAGCAUCUGGUUCAUAUAUGCUGCAAAGUAUGUUGAGGGGAUAUCAUUGACCGCCGAUUUCCAAUUGAUUUUGUGUGCAGAAUCACUAACGGGAAAAGAUGGCCAAGGAACGAGAUGACACCGAGACGAGAACCAACAAAAUUACAAGACUUUUCAAUUUUUUCAACAGGUUAACAAAGUAGACUUUGAUUUGUUCUUCAAAACGCUUGUUCAUUCAUGAUAUAUUGUUACCAUGCUAAUUAAAACUGGCUGAUCUGGAGAAGGAAGCUAUGAAUAAAUAAUUGUUGAUGUAUUAUCAAUUAAUCUUGUCAGUCGGUGAAUUGGUGAGUCUGUUGGAUUGUUAAGGGAAGCGAUUGGUUUCAAAUCAUUUUAAUCCAAGUUUUUGAAUUAAUUGUGAUUCAACUCUCGGCUAACUAACUACUAAUUGCAAAUUAUAAAUCGUUCCUAGUCUUUGAUUGUUGUGAUUCGGUUAUUCCAUUAUUUCGACAGUCCUUUUGAUUAUAAUCCGGUCAUUAUUAUUAAAAGUAUUAACACUCAAAGGAAAUCAUGGCAACUGCUUGGGAAAUGAGUGACGAGGAUUUUGUUAAAAUAAAAUCAAUUCGAGACAUUUUCGAUAAAGAGUACCAUGAAAAUAGUGACUUAUAUGAAAAAGAAGAUUAUUCCCGAGUAAUGGAGAACGAUUAUCUAGUUUGGAGAUUCUUGGAUGAUAAAGAUGGGCGACUAGAGGAUGCUACAAAGAUGUUGGUUCGUUCAAUGAGAUGGAGAAAGCAAGUAGGUGUUAAUUCAAUCAAAGAAACUGAUUUUCCCCGGGAGUUUUUCCGUAUUGGUGCCAAUCACAUGUACGUUAAAGACAAGAAAGGCAUGAUUACCUAUUAUUCUCGUUUAUGUGUCCCACCGGUGCCAAAAGAGUUUAUGCCCCUUAUGACACGCCUUUGUAUAUUUGGUCUUGAGAUGAUUGAUCGAAUUGCUUUAUCAACAAGAAUGAAAUUUGGUUUAAUUUAUGAUUGUCGUAAUCCUGCAGUCACAGCCAUGGAUAUGUCGUCUUUAAGAGAAACCAUGUCUUUCAUUCAAGGCAAUUAUCCUAGUUCUGUUGGCUAUAUGGCUUAUUAUGAGAUGCCAGUGGUCCUUAAGGCGGUUUACAAAAUGGUCAGAACCUUUACACCUCCAAAACUCCGUGAAUUGGUAAUCUUUGUCAACCGUAAUAAUAUUGAUGAUCAUAUUGGAUUGGAAAAUGUUCCUGAAUAUAUGGGUGGAACAUGUGACGUUCCUUAUUAUGCUGAUAUGGAUCAUUGCCCAUCAUUGGAGGAAGUUGCAACCAAAGAAGGAAUCAAUCAUGAAGCAGUGGAUGAAUUUUAUCACAUUUAUGCACAAUAUUUGGACGAAUAUCAAAGGAAAAGAGAUGAAAGGGAAAAGGCUGCUGCUGAUGAGAUCAAUAAUCCGGAAUCUGUUUCAACAUAUCUUUGAGAUUUAUAGGCAUUCCUCCUGAAAGUUUACUUUUCUGCUUACGGUAUCCAAAUUGAUUGAUGAUUAUACAAAUAGUUGUUCCAUCUAAUACAAAUUCGGCUUCGCUUCGCUCAUUUUUAUAAAAGACAGAUUAGCUUUAUCAAUAUUCAGUCUUCUCUAGAAAAUAAAGACAAAUGAAUGGGUGAAAUGAAUUUAGAAA